UUCUGUCAGACAGACGUGUGAAGUGGAGGCUUCAUUUCUCCGUCACUGUUGCCGAUGGCUGCGUUCAAGGUUUGUCUGCUCUGUUCCCUCCUGUGGAUCGUCGCUGCAGAAGAAAGAAAAGAGGUCACGAUCACAUGUCGGCCUUCGGAGGAAUGCGUGCUCCCCUGUCAGUUCGAGUCCGACGGCAAAGGUGCGAGGAUCAUGUGGUACAGGAAGAAAGCCGUGGUGAGCUGCACGCGCUACGGCAACACCAGUUUUGCGAUUGACCACAAAUCGCCGGCCGAUAAAUACAAGGGAAGAACGGGGCUGUUUGCAGACCAGGUCCUGGAGGGAAACGCCACACUGCUGCUGAGAAACGUCACGCCGUACGACCAGGGCAAAUACUACUGCAUCACCAUGACCGCCCCCCGCAUCGACAAAUCCAGCAUCAUCUCCCUCGUCGUUGAAGCUCCGGUCCGAGAGGUCGACAUCUGGUUCAGUGGCGACUCCGUCAUCUGUGCGGCUGAGGGAAUCUACCCGGCUCCGACAGUCGCCUGGUCCACCGAUCCUCCCACUGAUGCUAAACUGAACAAGACAGAGAUCCAGGAAAACAAACUCGGGUUCUACGACAUCCAGAGCGACCUGAGGCUGAAGGGAAACCUCACCUCAGAUCUUACGUACAUUUGUUGUGUAACCUGCGGCACCAACAGAAAAACUGCUUUUCUGAAACACGAAGCCUCAGUCGCGGCCCCUGUAGGUGGCGUAGUGCAGAUUUCCUGCAGUUUGCCUCGCAGCAUCCAGCAGAGCUUUAAUCUCACCUGGAGGUUCAGACUCUCGGGUCCCGUUGCAUCGAUCAGCGUCGUGGGACAGAAGCUGCAGGUGAAAGUCUGGGAUCCGUGGAAGUCUCAUGUCCUGUCCAACUUUUCUGCUUCGAACGGUCUGCACCUGCACAACCUGAAGUCCGAGCACCAGGGAAACUACACCUGUGAGAUCCGCACACCUGAAGAAACACACGUCACCUGGACUGACGUCACCGUAACUGAAGAAUCGUAUCAUUACUUUUACAUCUCCAUCAUCGCUGGACUGCUUUAUUUCCUAUUUCUGUCGUACGUGGCUUCAGCGAUUCUCGCAUACAUCAUCAUUAAAUUGAAGCGAGCCAGAAAUCGACCGGACGACAGAGACGAAGCCAGCGAGAGUUUGAACGGGCAAUGAAGUGAACUGUUGUUCGGCUGCCGACUCAAAAACAAGUAAUGGAUGAAUUUUAACAAAACUUCAACCGGACUCUGGACAAUAAGGUCGGGAGGAUAAUCUUCAUUAAUUAUACUGUGAUGGUAGAAUCUGUGUUUUUAUAUCUCCGGAUAAAAACUAUGAAGAACUGUGGAAGAAUUUUAUGUUUUAAUAUUUUAAGUAUAAUCAUGAACUGUAAAAAUAUGAUCAUGUAUAUACGAUGAUUUUAUUUUGCCUUUUGGUGUUUAUCCCUGACUAAUCCAGUCAAAUUUAUCAAACUUAAAGGUUCAGUGUGCGGACUCUAGUGACAUCUAGUGGUGGAGUGUCAUGUUGCAGCAGGUGUCGGCCGACUGGUCAUUCUUAUCACCAUCAUGAUAAAUAUCAAAUACUGUGUCACAUUCAACAGUUUGGACUGAAACACCGGGAACACUUCGGCUUCACUCUUCGGCAGCUGUCCAUCUUUAUUUACUGUCUGUGAUCAAACCUCUGUCCUGAAACCGAACUGUACAAACUGACAACACAUAAACAUCCAACGAACUUUUUAUCAGCAUGUUGUUCGACAGUAUUUGUCACUUCAUUAGUUUAAUGAGGAGGAAUCUACACGACGACACUGAUACCUGCUUACAAUCAUAUUCUAAAUGUUUCUAUGCUGCUUAUAAAUGGAGACUUUCAAGUGUUAACAUCAUGAUAAUAAAACACACACAACAAAAAUAAAAUUAAAGAUGUCGGCUGACUUUAAAUGUUUAUUCAAACCACACAAAUCAAAUUAAAACACUAGUGUAAUUAUUCUGUUGUCUACUUUUAAUUU